CAGAACUAUCUAUCACACCUUCCUUCCAUAUUCAUAACACAGCACUACCUUCCCUACUUCAAACCUACACACCUUAUUUCUUCUAAAAUUUUAUCGUCCACACCGGUCCACACACACGCCAACUUCGACCCGACACUAGCGCAACGCGUGUAUGAACUGUAUGAACCGGUACAACUGAUUAAACCAUAUCUAUCGUAUAAACAUCUUCAUGAUCUUCAUUGACAUAACCUCGACGACCUCGACUUACAAUCGAGACUUCUCAAUAGAUGACGCGCCUCGGCGGUAAUUCCAUAGUCCAUUCAGUUGGACAUGACACAGACCGGACUUCAUCGUAUUAUUUACGAAACAUUACAGAUUUCAGACCGCAUGAAAUAAAAUUCGCUUACUUAGCUGUUGUUUUGAGUGCAGAAUGAAUAUUGGACCUUUUAUAAAUGCCCUUAUUAGAAUUCGAAGUAGUGCACUGUAUUCGUGCGCAAUAGUUUUCCGUCUGGAAACAGAAUACUUCUAUACGAUUGUCAGGCAAGAUUUUAUACGUGCAUAGAAUAUUUCAGUUCUCACACAAGCCGAACUCGUUACCGAAGACUUUUUCUUAAUUUUGCACAAGACUGUAAGAAAAUAGCUACGUAUCCGAACUUCGUUUCUCAUAUAGCCAAUUCUCGCUAGAGAGCAGCCAUCUUAGUUUCCUUGCGGACGGAUAAAGAGAAUUGUCGUUCAUAUAUGAGAUUAGCGCAGUCAAUAAGUCAGAUUACUCAGAUGCAGGUAGAGAGUACACCAGAAAAUCAUGUCUCACAGAGGUGACUUUUGACUUUUCGCACACAUGACCUGUUCAUAGUUGGUGACAGUCACAGUAGUUUAAUUUGAUUUUAUAUUUACCUUAUGACAAAACAAAAACAAUGGAGAUGUAUGGUCACCCGAUAAAAAUAGAACCCAUGGGAUUUUACAGUUGCCAAUCGAGGGAAGAUGGAGGCAAUAGCAGCAUCACUCCAGACAAGGAACCCCUUCAACAGCCACACGUUCAGAAGCCCGAAACCGUUCCCCGCUCGAAACCCCAGGCGUGCAAAGUGUGUGGGAAGAUACUGUCAUCUGCAUCCUCAUAUUAUGUUCACAUGAAACUGCAUUCAGGCAGCAAGCCAUUUCAGUGCACAGCGUGCGAGGCAAGCUUCUGCCGCAAACCCUACCUCGAGGUGCACAUGCGAACGCAUACAGGUGAACGACCGUUUCAGUGUGAUUUGUGUUUGAAACGUUUUACACAGAAGAGCAGUCUCAACACACACAAGCGUGUACACACAGGGGAACGCCCCUACUCCUGUGACAUCUGUCACAAGCGUUUUGCCGUCAAGAGCUAUGUGACAGCACACCGUUGGAGUCAUGUGGCAGAAAAGCCCCUAACGUGUGACCGCUGCAGUCUUACAUUCACAUCCAAGAGUCAGUUUGCCAUCCACAUCCGGACACAUGCAUCAGGGGCCAGUUUUGAGUGUCAUGUCUGUGGGAGGACAUUCGUCAGGGACAGCUACCUCAUCCGGCAUCACAAUCGAGUCCACCGUGACAUCAGUCCAAGUUAUGAGGCAGGGUGUGACAUGCGGUACUAUUCUCAUCACCUCUCCCCAGACCUUCCCCUCAACAAGACCAAGCUCUCUGACUAAUUGUAUAAAGAAUGCCUAGUUCUAAGGGGCUGCUGUACCUGGCACAUACAUGAGGCCUUUCCUUGUUUCCAUGACUCCUGAGGAUCAUGCACGUGUUUAUGUCAGCUCCACCUGGCUACAUUCAGAGAUUGUCGUCAAACAGUAAAAUAAUAUAUUAAUUAAAUGUACUUAUUUAUUGUUAUUCUUGUUCAAUUGGCUCUGUGUAAAUAGCAUAUUUAGACUUGUUCGAGUGUAGCAUUAGCUUGCAAUUCUGACUGCAAAUUAUUGGAUUGCAGCCUCAUUUUCUUGUGCACUACAAUAAUUUGCAAAUUUCUGCAACUGUGUUCAGGGGUCUGUGCCUAACAUUGCAUCUAACCAAGUCAAAUACUCAAAUCAAUGGUCCAAUCAUAUUGGUGCAAUGUUGACAGAGUUCAGUGGGUGAAAGAAGCUUUCUGUGUGUGAUACGAGGGGGCAGAUAUGUCAAGUGCCAUACAUUAUUAAGCUUUGUUAAACUGUAGUGUAACAUAAACUGAGAUGUAGAUUAGUGUACACAACCCAAUUAUGCAUAUUAAUUACCCUCAUGCUUCUUUUGCUGAAUGGACUUACAAUGCCAUACCCCCCCCCCCUGAAUUAAGUUGUGGGUGUGUAACAUCGUUAUGUAUGAUAAUUAGUGUAGGAGUGUAUUUCAGUAUGCUGCUGUAAUGUAUGUAAUUCUUAAAUACAAACCAAAGUCAGUAGCAGAUUUCAUGAACAGGUGAAUUAAUUUGACACUGGACUAUUUAUUUCACAAUAUGACAGACUGAACAUAAUAGGACUUUUUUUUUUUUUUACAAAAGAACAUACAAAUAAAUUCAUAAAUAACAACAUGUGUGUUGCUGCAUGGGGUUUACUCCCACAACUGUAUUCCUAAGGAACAUAAUUAAACAGUUUUCAAAUCGG